AUGAAUAACCCUAUGGAAGAGCAGCAAAGCGCUCUUUUAGGAAGGAUUGUGAAUAAUGUAGAGAAAUUGAAUGAAAAUGUUUGCAGAUUAAAUCAUGCAUUGCAGAACAUUAAUAUGUCAAACAUGAACGUAGAAUUAAUAAGCCAAAUGUGGGCAAACUAUGCGCGAAAUGCAAAAUUCCAUUUGGAAGAAACAGGCAAUUUGAAGGAUCCAAUUUAA